AUGUUCUCGAGGAAGAAGCGGGACCUCAUGAAAACCCCUUCCAUCUCCAAAAAGCACCGGGCGGGAAGCCCCAGCCCGCAGCUCGCCGGGGAGCUGCCCAGAAAGGAAGGGCUGGAUGGUGCAACCUUGGGGUCAACCGUGGACCCCCCCAGCAGCCUCCCCAGCGCCAAGGCCACGGGCACCUUGAAGCGGCCCACGAGUUUGAGCCGGCAUGCCAGCGCUGCGGGCUUCCCGCUGUCGGGUGCCACUUCCUGGACACUAGGCCGAGGGGGCUACCGGAGUCCCCUCUCGGCCGCCAGCCCCGCCGACACCCCCACCGAGAGCCCCGGGUCUGACUCGGCCGAGGAUAUUUCUCACCUGCUGGCGGACGUGGCCCGCUUCGCCGAGGGCCUGGAAAAGCUCAAGGAGUGUGUCCUGAGUGAUGACCUGUUGGAGGCCCGACGGCCAUUGGCCCAUGAGUGCCUGGGAGAAGCGCUUCGUGUGAUGCGCCAGGUGGUUUCCAGGUACCCACUGCUGGGCACAGUAGAGACACUCACGGCUGCUGGCAACCUCAUCGCCAAGAUCAAAGCCUUCCAUUACGAGAGUAACAAUGAGUCGGACAAGCAGGAGUUUGAAAAGGCCUUGGAAACCAUCGCGGUCACCUUCAGCAGCACUGUGUCUGAGUUCCUUUUGGGUGAAGUGGACACCAGUACUCUCCUGUCAGUGCCCCCCGGAGAUCCUGGCCAGUCAAUGGACAACCUGUAUGGUCAAGGGGGCGAGCACAAUCGAGCCAACAGCGAGUACUGGGAACAGGAGUUCCAGCCCGAGGAGGUAGACUUGCUUCUGCAGCGCUGUGAAGGCGGCGUGGAAGCGGCGCUGCAAUAUUCCAAGAACAUGGCCAAGUACAUGAAGGAUCUCAUCAACUACCUGGAGAAGCGCGCUGUGCUCGAGAUGGACUUUGCCAAAGGCCUGCAGAAGAUCGUUCCAAACUGCAGACAGAGCAUCACGCAGGAGCCCCACAUGCCACUUCUGUCCAUCUACUCGCUGGCCCUUGAACAGGACCUGGAGUUUGGCACCAACCUGGUGCAGGCCGUGAGCAUGCUGCAAAGUCAGACUUUUGUCCAGCCCCUGAACCAACGGAGGCUGGAACACGAGAAGCGAAGGAAAGAGAUUAAGGAAACCUGGCACCGUGCCCAGAGGAAGCUGCAAGAGGCCGAGUCCAAUCUACGCAAGGCCAAGCAGAGCUACGUCCAGCGCUGCGAGGACCACGACAAAGCUCGCACCCUCAUGGCCAAGGUGGAGGAGGAACAGGCCGGCUCAGGGCCCGGGGCUGGGGGCACCAUCUCCAAGGCCUUGGACAAGCGGCGGCGCCUGGAGGAGGAGGCCAAGAACAAGGCAGAGGAAGCCAUGGCCACAUACCGCACCUGCGUGGCGGAUGCAAAGACACAGAAACAGGAGCUGGAGGACACCAAGGUGACGGUGCUGCGGCAGAUCCAGGAGGUCAUCCGGCAGAGUGACCAGACUAUCAAGUCGGUCACCAUCUCCUACUACCAAAUGAUGCACAUGCAGACGGCCCCGCUGCCGGUGAACUUCCAGAUGUUGUGCGAGAGCAGCAAACUGUACGACCCCGGCCACCAGUACGCCUCGCACGUGCGCCAGCUGCAGCGCGAAGAGGAGCCCGAUGUGCACUAUGACUUUGAACCCCACGUUCCCACCAAUGCCUGGUCUCCAGUCAUGGGCGUUCGCAAGGAUAGCUUCGGCGGAGGGGAUACCACAGGGAUCCCAAGAGCAGGCACCCCCCCAGAGGAGGGGCAGCUAGCCAAGGAGCCUAGGAGUGGUCGUGGCCACCAGGUACACAAGUCUUGGUCCAGCACCGUGUCAGACCCCGAGGUGGUCCUGGACCCCAGUCUUAGCUCAGGAGACUUGAAGAAGUGUGAUAGGACAUCGUCCAGCGGUACCAUGUCAUCCAGCGAGGAGCUGGCAGACCAGGGAGGUGCAGCAGGGGCUGGAGCCUUUGAACAAGAGGACCUCAAUGCCAUGGCCCCCGAGCUGCCCGUGGUCAUGCCCAGUGGACCCUUUCGCCAUGUGGGUAUGUCCAAAGCAGCCCGCACCCACCGGCUCCGCAAGCUCCGAACACCCGCCAAGUGCCGAGAGUGUAACAGCUACGUUUACUUCCAGGGCGCUGAGUGUGAGGAGUGCUGCCUGGCCUGCCACAAGAAGUGCCUGGAGACUCUGGCCAUCCAGUGUGGCCACAAGAAACUGCAGGGCCGCCUGCAACUCUUCGGCCAAGACUUCAGCCAGGCGGCACGUGGCACCCCCGACGGUGUGCCCUUUAUUAUCAAGAAGUGCAUCUGCGAGAUUGAGCGGCGGGCUCUGCACACCAAGGGCAUCUACCGGGUCAACGGGGUGAAGACACGUGUGGAGAAGCUGUGCCAGGCCUUUGAGAAUGGCAAGGAACUGGUGGAGCUGUCACAGGCCCCACCCCACGACAUCAGCAACGUCCUCAAGCUCUACCUGCGGCAGUUGCCCGAACCGCUGAUUUCAUUCCGCUUCUACCAUGAGCUCGUGGGGCUGGCCAAGGACAGUCUGAAGGCUGAAGCCGAGCUCAAGGCGGCAUCUCGGGGCCGGCCCGAGGUUGCGGAGAAUGAAGCUGCAGUGGCAGCUAUCGCCAUGGCCAGCCGGCUGCGGGAGCUUCUGCGGGACCUACCGCAGGAGAACCGGGCCACCCUGCAGUAUCUACUGCGUCACCUGCGCAGGAUUGUGGAGGUGGAGCAGGACAACAAGAUGACCCCUGGGAACCUGGGCAUUGUAUUUGGGCCCACACUGCUGCGUCCACGUCCCACCGAGGCCACCGUGUCCCUCUCGUCCCUGGUUGACUAUCCCCACCAGGCCCGCAUCGUGGAGACCCUCAUUUCCCAUUACAGCCUAGUCUUUGAAGAAGAGCCAGAGGAGGUGCCUGAGGGCCCUGACGAGUCCAUCAGCCAGCGGGCCGAGGUGAUGGUCCAGGUGUCCUACCUGGAUCCCACUGAGGAAGCAGAGGACGGAGAUCAAGAGUUCCGAGUUGCUUCCAAUGACUCAGACUCGGAGCUAGAAGAGACUCCAGACCCGCUGGACUCCUCCGUGGACAGUGCUCUCCAGCGCCUCAGCUUCCUGGAGGUGCGGGGAGGCACUGAGAUGGGAGAGAGCGAGGAGCUGUCAGGAGCUCGGCAGGGGCACUGGGAGGAGCUCUCGGGGCACAACACCAACCAGUCCAACAACAAGGUGCCCCCCGUGAGGCUGCGGGUGGCAAGGGGCCACGGGGCAGUGGCCAGCAGGCCGGACCGACAGCCACAGUUUGUUUAG